CAACAAGGCAGGCCUAGGCCCCUUGCUCAUCCCCCAUCAGCAAACGGUGAGCAUUUCGGGGAUGGCUCCGUUCUUCCAGUGCCCCACACGGCGGCGAGUCGGCGGGAGCCUCGAUGGAUCGAGCUCGUUCCCCGCAGCGCAGGCCGCAGCCUAUCCGUCGGUAAAGGAAAUCGUUAUUCAGAUUAUCCUUACUAGUCUCUAGUUAUUUGAGCCUAAAUUUCUGGUAGAUACAGUCCCAAGCCUCAAGAAGGUUCUUGUUCAAGAAAUUUUGGUAGGGCCGUUCUAAAGUGUCUUCUCUGAAGAUUCGGGCAGAUUUGUUUACUUCUACUUCUCUGAAUAUUGAAUGCGACGCUUUGAAUCACUGAGCUGAGUACCAGGACUCGGAGGCCUGGACCUCGAGUUUGUGUAAUAUAGAUGACAGACCCAUUCUAGUUGUUUGAAUUGUUCUGCUAAGAUGGGUUGAAAUUUCAAAGGAUGUCAGGAGUUAUGCCCUUCUAUGAAUAUAGUUUAAUAAACUGACGAAAGUGCAUGCUGCUAGCCUGGAGAGGGCAAUGUAUUCUGGUGUCAAGAUAGUUGGCAUCGCGAAAUUUGAAGCUCCACCAAUGAUGUAAUUCCCUGAUUAUGAUCUUUGCUAGUUACCACUAGCAAAGGUUGAAGGUAAUUUGAUGUGACCGAGAAAUCGUAGUACUUGUUGCAGAGCUCCGAGGGUUCCAAAGACUGGUGGCAGGGGAUCACUGAAGGUCAUAUGUUGCUGUACAAAAAAAAGGGGCCAAGGUCUUAUGGUCAUUGUCAGUCAGGAUGUUUCACUCAAAAAAAUUGUGGUUACCAUUUCAGUUGUUCCCCAACGGCAAGGGUACCUGUCGCGUUCUCCAUUCUCCACCAUGUCUAAUCUUGUCCUGUGUUGUACUAUGUUUUCCUUGUUUCCUACUAUAUUUAAGCAGCACUCAUGACAACUUGUUUCCCCAUCUGCUCAACUUCAAUAUGUUUCUUCACCUCUUACUUCUUGGACUUGUUUUUACCAUACACAUUCCUCCAUUCUCUGCUGCCAUUGACUCCAUUGCACCUGGCCAAGGACUUGUUUUCAGUGUCGGUGACAAGCUUGUCUCCUUAGAUGGCAAGUUUGCGCUUGGCUUAUUCCAAACAGACAGUAAGUCUCACAACACCUUGAAUUGGUACCUAGGCAUUUGGUUUAAUAAAGUCCCCAAGAUAACUCCAGUGUGGGUCGCAAACUGUGAUGAUCCAAUCACACAGCCUGCUUUAGUUAGGUUCAUAAUUUCCCAAGAUGGCAAUCUUGUCAUCUUAGAUCAAGCCACCAAUUCCAUAAUCUGGUCUAGCAGAGUUAGUAUCAGAACCAACAGCACCAUUGCCAUGCUCAUGAACAAUGGAAACCUUGUCCUACAAAAUGCCUCAAACUCAUCCAACAUUUUAUGGCAGAGUUUUGACCACCCAACAAAUACUUUGCUCCCUGGUGCAAAGAUCGGCAGAGACAAGGUCACUGGCUUGAGUCGCCGUCUUGUUUCUAACAAGAACUUGAUUGACCCAGCUCAUGGUCGUUACUGUUAUGAAUUAGUUCCUAACAAGUUAAUCCUUACGCCUUUGAACUCAUCCAUGGCAUACUGGUCUAGCGGGGAAUGGAAUGGACAGUAUUUUAGCUCCAUUCCGGAGAUGUUAAGCCGCAACUUCAUAGACUUCAAGUUUGUCAACAACACAAAUGAAGAGUACUUCACAUUCACCUUACUGAAUGACACAGUGAUCAUGCAUCAUCUACUUGAUGUUUCUGGUCAAAUGAAGACUUUCAUAUGGGUUGAGGUCUCUCAGGAUUGGUUACGUUCCUACUUCAACCCCAAUGCUCAGUGUGAUGUCUAUGCUUUCUGUGGACCAUUCACUGUGUGCAAUGACAACUCAACUCCAUAUGUAGCUGUGUGAAGGGCUUCUCCAUAAGAUCCCCAGAGGAUUGGGAGCAAAAUGAUAGAAGCGGUGGAUGCGUGAGAAAUACUCCUUUAAAUUGUGGCAGUGACAGGAGUACUGCAGGAAUGACUGAUGAAUUCUACUCCUUGUCCAAUGUGAAAUUGCCUCAGAAUGCUGACAACAUAGGGGCUGCUACCAGUGCUAGAGAAUGUGCAGAAGUUUGCCUGAGAAAUUGCUCUUGCACUGCAUAUUCUUGCACCAACAGUCGAUGCUCUAUUUGGCAUGAGGAACUCAAUGUAAAACAACAGCAUGCUGACACUACUGACACAAAUGAUGGUGCAGUUCUUUAUCUUCGCCUUGCUGCAAAAGAGAUGCAAACUCAGAAACCUGGCAGAAGAGUGACCGCUCGGAUUUUGGCAGUUACCAUUGUCACUGCCCUGGGGUUACUGGCACUCACAUUGCUAGUUCUUAUAUUGAUGAUUCGGAGGAACAAUAGGAGUUGGUCUGGUGGUACACUGAUAAAUCUUCAAGACGGUGGUGGAAUUAUUGCAUUUAGAUACACUGAUUUGCAGAGGGCAACAAGAAAUUUCUCGGAGAAGCUAGGUGCCAGCGGCUUUGGUUCUGUGUUCAAGGCAUGUCUGAGUGACUCGGUCACAAUGGCAGUGAAAAGGCUUGAUGGUGCUUGCCAAGGAGAAAAACAAUUCAGGGCCGAGGUGACUUCAGUUGGGGUUAUACAACAUAUCAAUUUAGUUAGACUGAUUGGUUUCUGCUGCGAGGGUGAACGAAGGUUUCUUGCAUAUGAGUACAUGCCAAAUCGUUCUCUUGACAUCCAUCUAUUUCAGAACAACAACACAGUUUUAAACUAGGGUACCAGGUUUAAAAUAGCUCUAGGAGUUGCUAGGGGGCUGGCUUACCUGCAUGAGAGCUGCCAAGACUUGAUCAUACACUGUGAUAUCAAGCCACAAAAUAUACUCCUCGAUGCGUCGUUUGUUGCUAAAAUUGCUGACUUUGGUAUGGCCAAGUUAAUAGGGAGGGAUUUUAGCCGGGUUCUGACUACAGCAAGAGGAACCGUAGGAUACCUUGCACCUGAAUGGAUAAGCGGGGUUGCUAUCACAACAAAAGUCGAUGUUUAUGGCUAUGGGAUGGUGCUAAUGGAAAUCAUAUCAGGAAGACCGAAUUCACUUGAACAAUACACUGCAGAUGGUGAUUGUGAUGUUUUCUUCCCUGUGCAUGCUGCGCAUAUGCUUGUUGAGGGAGAUGUGGCAAGCUUGGUGGAUGACAAACUAUUGGGUGAUGUGAAUAUGGAGGAAGCUGAACGGCUAUGCAAGGUUGCUUGUUGGUGCAUUCAAGAUGAUGAGUUUGAUAGGCCGACAAUGGGCGAAGUUGUUCGUACUCUAGAGGGUUUAUCUGAUCUUGACAUGCCUCCUAUUCCAAGACUACUUCAGGCCAUUACAAGGAGGAGCUUGCACCCGCCAUCCACCUACUCCUACCUCUAUAAUGAAUCAGAAUAAUGAAGAUGCAGCAUGGCGUACAUAAGAAGCAUACACAUAUAUGUGAAACAUAGUAAGACAGUCUGAGAGGGAACAACAAGAAUGAUACCCAAUAGCUGUGUACUUUAAGCUUUACUCUGUACCAGGUGUGUAAAUCAUCAGUCUAGUCAUUCUAAUCUUCCAGGUAUGAAAUAAAAUCCGUCAAAAGUUCAGGGCGACCUCUUGCAGGAUUGAUUUUGUCAAUGCAAAGGAAUAUUUUUUGUUC